UAGAAGUGCAAGUCUUUGAGCAAAAUACCAGCGACAUGUCGCUGCACCAACACAAAUAUCGCUUAAUUUAAUUACAAAGGUAGUAUCUCACGAACCGGGUCAUAAGCAACCAAUUUUAACUAAAGAGAUAAUGCAAAUGAUUGGAAAGUAUGAAGAUGUAACUUCGAAAGUGUCAGAGCAUAUACCUUUCGACGUACAAACGACCCUUGAAAGCGGAGAGCAAGAGGUAUCGAGAAAACGUCCUAAAACCUUACGCCAAAGUUUGUUGGAACUCUAUUAUGAAUAUUGUGAGAAUACAUCGCUUCACGGUAUUCAGUACCUGGGUCAGAGACGUCCUCGAAAGGAGGUCUUCUUUUGGAUUUGUAUCUUUAUACUGUCGACAUUAUAUUGUAUGCAAACAAUUUCCAAAAUUUAUGAUAAAUGGAUCGAUACGCCGGUGAUUGUAAGUUUUUCAGAACGUUCUACACCGAUUUCGGACAUACCAUUUCCGGCUAUAACAAUGUGCAGUGAAAUACGUCGACCAUUGGACGAUAAUGCUGCCCGGUACGGUGAUCUUUUGCUUAUGCUAGAACGAGGUGAAAAGCUACCAUCUAAUUUAACCGAAAAUGAGCGAGAGGAAUUUUUAACUUUACUUCAUACAUGCAAUUACGAUACACUUAUCCGGGAACUACCCAAAUUAUGGAACCAAAGCCUAGACUAUAUUCGAAUUCUUAGAGAAAUGUCAUUCGAUAUGGAAGUGCAAGCACUUGCUUGUAAGUGGUUUGGCGCCGAAGAUAUCUGUGUCGAUUUACUAACCGAAUCCUUUACCGAAGAUGGAUUAUGCUAUACAUUCAACGCUUUCAAUGGCACCGAUUUAUAUCGGGAAGAUACUGUUCAAUACCACAUAAUGGGCCUGGAAAGCCAAGUCAAUGUCUCAUCGGCCAACAGAAUAAACCGAACUUUGUCCUGGACACUGGAGAAGGGAUAUCCCAGGAACUCACCUUUGAAAACCUAUCCCGCCCGCGUUGUCAGUGCCAACACCAGAGUAUCUUUCGAUGUCUUUUUAUUAGUGCCCACAGAGCAUUUAGACUAUAGAUGCAGUGGUGGUACACAGGGAUACAAAAUUGCAUUACAUACACCCGAUGAUGUUCCACUGCUAUCCAAACGCUUUGUGCGCGUCUCGCCUGGCAAGGAGAUUUCAAUCGCCGUCAAACCUGUAAUGGUCACAACGUCAGAUGGCAUAGCCAGUUAUCCCCCGGCAAAACGCAAAUGUUUUUUGAGCCACGAGCGUUAUUUGAGAUUCUUUAAGGUCUACAGUGAAAGAAACUGCGAAAUGGAAUGUCUAACAAAUUACACCCUAAAAGCUUGUGGAUGCGUCACAUUCGCUAUGCCUCGAACUGCUGAUAUGCCAGUAUGUGGCGAGCACAAAAUCACUUGUUAUCUGAAGGCAGAGGAUAACAUGCUGCAAGAACAUUUUUCCACCCGAUUCGACGACAAUGGGGAUAACUGCAAUUGUCUGCCCUCAUGUACCUCCUUAGAAUUCGAUGCCGAGAUAUCUCAGGGAGAUUUUGAUUCGAAAAAAUUUUUGGAAGCUGCAAAAAUUGAUUUAGGAUUUGAGGCAGUGUUUUCACAUUUAGUCAUACAUUUCAAAGAUAACGAAUUUAUAACUUCGAAGCGAUCUGAACUGUAUGGAUUUUCGGAUUUUUUGGCCAAUUGUGGUGGUAUUCUGGGGCUUUUUAUGGGCUUCUCCAUAUUGAGUUUGGUGGAAAUUAUAUACCAUGCAACGCUUCGUUUAUGGUCAAAUAUAAGAAGCAAAAGAAACAGGCAAUAAACGUUUGUUAUGUAUUCUCUGAAAAAAACAGUUGAUUGAAAUAAAUAACCAAAACCCCA